AUGUCCCAAAUCCUCAUCACCGGCGGCACCGGCUUCCUCGCCAGCACACUAAUCGACAUCCUACUCUCACGAGGCCACAACAUAAUCACGACCGUGCGGAGCGCCGAAAAAGCCUCGCAGGUACAAUCCAUCCGACCUGACAUCCCACCUCACCGACUUAUAAUAAAAAUCGUCCCGGACAUCUCCCUCCUCUCGGCAUUCGACUCCGCCGUGGUCAAUGACCCUCCACUCACCGGUGUAAUCCACACAGCGAGUCCGUUCCACUACAGCAUCGACAAUAUCAAGAAAGACAUGUUAGAUCCAGCUGUCAAUGGCACCAUCGGGAUAUUAAGUUCCGUGCAGAAGUACGCACCUACGGUGAAGAAAGUGGUGAUUACGUCGUCGUUCGCGGCGAUGUGGAAUCCCCAUAAACCUGCGGGGAGCAAGUAUUCCGAGAAGGAUUGGAAUAACGUGUCCUGGGAAGAGGCGGUUAGUCCUGCGAAUGCGCAGGGGCAGGCUGGGUAUCGGACGAGUAAGGCGCUGGCGGAGCGGGAAGCGUGGGGGUUUAUGGAGAGGGAGAAGCCGAGCUUUGGGUUGACGGUGAUGAAUCCGUCGUUGAUAUUCGGGCCGGUUGUGCCUGGGUCGUUGAGGAAUCUGGGGGAGGUGAAUACGUCGAAUACGAGGAUUAGGGAUUUCGUGGCGGGGAAGUUUAGGGAGAAGUGUCCGGCGACGGGGAGUGCGUUUUGGGUGGAUGUGAGGGAUGCGGCGAUGGCGCAUGCGGUGGCGUUGGAGAAGGGGGAGGUGACGGAUGGGAAGAGGUACUUUUUGACGGCCGGGGCGUUUUGUAAUAGGGAGAUUGUGGAGGUUCUGGGGGAGGAGUUUCCCGAGGUUAAGGGGGGGUUGCCGGAAGGGGGGGAGGCGUUGAGGGAUGGGGAGUAUCCGGAGGGUGGGCCGAAGUAUGGGUUUGAUAAUUCGGCGUCGGUGGGCGAUUUGGGGCUGGUUUAUCGCGGGUUGAGGGAGAGUGUGAGGGAUACGGUGGUGACUUUGAGGGGGGUGCCUGAGUAG